CCUAGAUGGGUGAAUUCAUCGUGGAAAAACAAUCCUAUCUAUAAAGAAUCUUUUUCCUGAGGUAAUAAUAAUGACGAUAUUGGAAAUGAUUACCAUUCGAGUUGUGUUCAUUUGUUUGCCUUCCUUCAUUUUGUCAGUCAAACUCAUAUCCUCGCUCUGAACUCUGAGAGUGAAACGUACGAGAAAAAUAUCAUCAUGCUUUAUGGUGAGAUGAAUUUCACUUAUAAACUUUUCAUCGAUUUAAUUGUAACUAUUUUAAUUGUGCUUGUGAUAAAAAAACUUGUGAAUUUCAUUAAAUAUUAUAACUGUUUCUUAAAACUUCCAAAGGAUCCUAAUUGUACAUUCCUAUUGGGCGAUUUACUUCACUUCAUACCUGCUAUCUGGGAUCAGAAAUUUUCUUCGGAUGCUGUGACCACUUAUAUGACAAAAAAUGCUUCUCAUCAUCAAAUCAAAUCGGGUAUACAUGGAGGUUGGCUUGGUUGGUGGCCUAUUGUGAUUCUACAUGAUUAUAAAGCCAUUGAGGCACUGGUUAGAGAAAAUGUUAUACAUAAACCCAUUUUCUAUAAAUUCACCGGACUCAGAGAGGGUUUGAUCUCUUCGGUUGGACAAAAAUGGAAAAUGAGACGAAAAAUGAUCGAACCUUUUUUCGUUAGCAAACAAACAAAAAAGUUUGCUAUCAUUUCUGACAGCGUUUUUGAUCCGAUGUUAAACGGAAACGAUUUCUGUGAAGAGGGAAAAUAUCUAACACUCGCCACAGAACUUCAUUCAUCAACGUGCAGCAUUAUUCUCAAUGCCACCGCAGGCAUACCGAUAGAAAAAGAACAAGAAGAGAAAAAUUUUCUCAUCAAGACUAUGCACCAAAUGGAAACGAACACGAUAGUAAGAAUAUGUAAUCCACUUUUAUGGUUCGAUUGGAUAUUCGAUGUAACCAAAGCAGGUAGAAAAACCGUCAAAAUGAUGGCCAGAGUGUACAAAUUUCUUGACGAUUGUAUCAUAAGGAAUGAGGAAAUUUUGAAUGAGAGCGAUAAGUCUGGUCAAUCGGAUUCAUCUUCUUUCAAUUUCGUCAAAAUGUUGCUCACAUCUAACAAAGGAAAAAUCGAUUUAGAAGGAAUCAACGAAGAGCUGUUGACCGCAGUAUCCGCUGGACAUGAUAGCUCGGCCUUAACUCUUAACACGUUGAUGUUCAUUUUGGGAAACUACCCCGAUAUCCAAGAAAAAGUGUACCAAGAGAUUUCAUCGAUGUUUGGAGAAAACGAAUCGGUUAAUGAUAUUGAAAGGGUUAAACAUUGCGAGUAUCUUGACAAGUGUCUCAAAGAAUCAAUGAGACUUUAUCCUGCUGUACCUUUGAUAGCAAGAGAACUGGAGGAACCAAUUGAGAUAAAUGGUUACAAUUUGCCAAAAGGAUCAAUAUUAAUAUGUAAUAUUUUUAAUGUCCAUCGAGAUCCUCGAAUUUAUCCUGAUCCAACUCAAUAUGAUCCUGAGCGUUUCGAUCCAUCAAAUUUACCAAACAUUCCCAAAGGAGCUUAUAUACCUUUCGGAGUAAUACCAAGAGCUUGUACCGGGUCUCGAUUUGCAUUAAUCGAAAUGAAAAUUUUUCUUAUUCAUUUGAUAAGAAAAUAUAAAAUUUUCUCAGCUAAGAAACUCGAAGAAGUUUCUUUCGAAAUGGAUUUCACUUUAAAGCCUUCAAGCCCAUUGGAAAUCAUGCUUCGUAAACGAACCAACUUGUUUAAUAGGGAAAUCGUAUUAAGAAUAAUGUUUUCCAGUGAUAUUAAUUUCGUCCAUUUAGUGGCAAUUUUGCUGAGUUUUUUUGUGGUGAAAAAAUUUUUCCAUUUCAUCAAAUAUUUUAAUUGUUUUCUCAAAUUUCCAAAGGAUCCUGAAUGCUCAUUCCUUUUCGGCGAUUUACUUAAAUUGCUUCCCUAUUGUUUCGGGAAUUCAAGCUCAGUAUCACUUAAUUUAACGAAGUAUUUGACUCGAAAUGCUUCAAAUCAUCAAACGAAAUCAGGCUUUUACGGAGGUUGGAUUGGCUGGUGGCCUGUGGCUGUUUUGUCUGACUAUAAAUCCAUGGAGAUAUUGAUUAAUAGAAACAUUGUGCAGAAACCCAGUAUUUAUAAAUUUCUUGCGCUUAAAGAGGGCUUGUUAACUUCGAGCGGCGAAAAAUGGAAAAUGAGACGAAAAAUGAUCGAACCUUUUUUCGUUAGUAAAAACUGGAAAAGAUUUGCCCAGAUUUCUGAUCGAGUAUUUGAUUCAUUGAUAAAUAAGGACGAUUUUUGUAACGAGGAAAAAUACUCAACACUUACUGACCAAAUUCAUUCAUCAUCGUUUGAUAUCAUUUUCAAAGUUACUGCAGAUUCACCGAUAGGUUCAGAUAAAGAGGAAAAACAACACGCGCUCAAGGCCAUUAAACUAAUGGAAACUACUACGAUAGAACGAGUAUGUAAUCCACUUUAUUGGAAUGAUCAAAUUUUCUCGGUCACCAAAUUGGGUAGAAAAGUUACCAAAAUGAUGUCCCGGCUGUACAAAUUUGUCGAUAACAUUAUCGAUCAGAAUCUUGACAACAAUCAGAAUAAAAUUGACCAGUCAGGUCAAAGAGAAUCUUCACCCUACAACUUAAUCAGCUUGUUAAGUGGCUCGAACAAAGGUAGAAUCAAUUUAGAUGGAAUCAGUGAGGAAUUGCUCACUAUGGUUAUAGCGGGACAUGAGACCACCGCUUCUACUAUUAACUUGACGGUGUUCAUUUUAGGAAGUCAUCUAGAUGUUCAAGAAAAGUUAUACCAAGAGAUUUCAUCGAUGUUCGAGGAAAACGAAUCAGUGGAUGAUAUUGAAAAGAUAAAUAAGUGUAACUAUCUCGAUAAGUGCAUCAAAGAGUCAAUGAGACUCUUUGCCCCGAUACCAUUGGUUGCAAGAGAAUUGGUUGAACCAAUUGAGAUAAAUGGUUACAAUUUACCAAAAGGAACAACAGUUAUGUGUGACAUCUUCAACACUCAACGAGACCCUCGAAUUUAUCCUAAUCCGACUGAAUAUGAUCCAGAGCGUUUUGAUUCGUCAAAUUUACCAAAUAUUCCUAAAGGAGCUUAUGUACCUUUCGGAGUAUCGCCAAGAAAUUGUAUCGGUUAUCGUUUUGCGACAAUCGAAAUUAAAAUUUUCUUAAUUCAUUUAAUAAGAAAAUAUGAAAUUUUCUCUGCCAAGAAACUCGAAGAUGUUUCUUUUACGAUGGACUUUACAAUAAAACUUUUGUGUCCAUUGGAAGUUAUGCUCCGAAAACGAGCCAAUAGAAAUAAAUAAAUAAUAGAAUAUAAAAUAAUCGUAUAUGUAGAAAAAGUUUGAGUAAAAUAUUCUUUAUUAUGGUUUAACUCAAUGUAAAACUUUUUCGAUAAGUAAUAAAUACAUUAUUCUCUA